AUGACAAAUGCCGUAUGUCCCCCGAUGUCCAUGGUGGGAGGCGUGAACCCUCCUCCCCCGGAGUUCAAGAACCCCAAGAAGCCCGGCCGUCUCACCAACCAGCUGCAGUACCUGGAGAAGGUGGUGGUCAAGGCCCUGUGGAGACACAACUUCUCCUGGCCUUUCAGGACGCCUGUCGAUGCUGUCGGACUGCACAUUCCAGUGAGUCUCUCACUUUUGUUACUUGCAAUAACUGAUAUGUGGUAUUUCCCUACUAAACUAAGUUGAAUGCACUGACUGUAAGUUGCUCUAGAUAAGUGUCUGCUAAAUGACUAAAAUGUAAUUGUCAAAUGUUUUUUAUUUUAGUACUGCACAUCCAUCAUGACCUCUUAUGAAUUAUUUUCCCAUUAUUUCUCUAUUUUAGGAUUACUAUACAAUUAUCAAGACGCCAAUGGACUUGAGCACCAUCAAGAAGCGUCUUCAGAAUAAUUAUUACUGGAAAGCGAUGGAAUGCAUACAAGACUUCAACAAAUUGUUCACCAACUGCUAUGUAUAUAAUCGGGUAAGGAAAAAAACCUUUGAAAUUAGUGUAGGUCUACAUAGUUUCCCAUUCAAUGACAGAAUGCUCAAUAAUCGUUAUUACAUUUUUCAGCCUGGAGAUGACAUAGUUCUGAUGGCUCAAGCCUUGGAGAAGAUCUUCCUACAGAGAGUGGCUGAGAUGCCCCAGGAGGAGACUGAGACAUCUGCCAUCACAACCAAGAACCCAGUGAAGGGUGGGAGAAAGUCCUCUGCUGGUAAGCUACACUGCUGCUCCAGUGGCUUAAUCUUACACAUACAUUGUAUGCGUCCCAAAUGGGUGGCACCCUAUUCCCUUUAUAGUGCACUACUUUUGACCAGGGCCAUAAGGCUCAGGUCAAAAGUAGUGCAUUAUAAAGGGAAUAGGUUACCAUUUGGGCCUCAACCGUACUGUCUUUCAUGUACUUUCUGCCUUCUUAAUGUCCUCUUAUCUUCUGUGUAGGUGUGAUAAAGCUGAGGCCCCAGUCCCCUGUGUCUGAGGUAGUGUUCCAGCAGACCGUGAUGGUCAUCCCUCUUGAGGCCCAACACACCAUCCCUCCUGCUGCCCAGCUCUCCUCUCAGAUAGCAUCCAAAGUCAGUACCUCUAAACAAUUACCUCACUAUAUGUACUUUAUAUAUUUUAUACAACGGGUGGUUCUAAUCCUGAAUGCUGGUUGGUUAAAACUGCUUUGCAGCCGGUGUCUAUUCCACAAGUUACCACAGGCAUUUUAACGUCAUAGAUUUAGCCGAUUUACUCUGUUCCAUCUGGUGGUCAGUGACCCCGCUGUCCUGGCGUCGUGGGGGAGCUUGUUCCACCAUUGGGGUGCCAGAGCAGCAAAUAGCUUUGACUGGGCUGAGCGGGAACCGUGCUUUCGUAGAGGUAGGGGGGCUAGCAGGCCAGAAGUGGAUGAACGUAGUACCCUCGUUUGGGUGUAGGGUCUGAUCAGAGCCUGAAGGUAAGGAGGUGCCGUUCCCCUCACAAAUCCGUAGGCAAGCACCAUGGUCUUGUAGUAAAAAAAGACCUCUCUGGAUAAGAGCGUCUGGUAAAUGACAAAAAUGUAAUGUAGUAGAUGCGAGCCUCAACUGGAAGCCAGUGGAGUGUGCGGAGGAGCGGGGUGACAUGAGAGAACUUGGGAAGGUUGAACACCAGACGGGCUGCAGCGUUCUGGAUAAGUUGUAGGGGUUUAAUGGCACAGGCAGGGAGCCCAGCCAACAGCGAGUUGCAGUAAUCCAGACGGGAGAUGACAAGUGCCUGGAUUAGGACCUGUGCCACUUUCUGUGUAAGGUAGGGUCGAACUCUGCGACUGUUGUAGAGCAUAAACCUGCAGGAUCGGGUCACCGCUUUGAUGUUAGCAGAGAACGACAGGGUGUUGUCCAGGGUCACGCCAAGGUUCUUUGCACUCUGGGAGGAGGACACAAUGGAGUUGUCAACCGUGAUGGCGAGAUCAUGGAGAGACGCAGUCCAAGAGUGAGCAGUGCCGGAGAUGCCCAACUCGGAGAGGAUGGAGAAGAGGAUCUGAUGGUUCACAGUAUCAAAGGCAGCAAAUAGGUCUAGAAGGAUAAGAGCAGAGGAGAGAGAGUUAGCUUUAGCAGUGCGGAGAGCCUCUGUGACACAGAGAAGAGCAGUCUCAGUUGAAUGACCAGUCUUGAAACCUGACUGGUUUGGAUCAAGAAGGUCAUUCUGAGAGCGAUAGCAGGAGAGUUGGCUAGAGACGGCACGCUCGAGUUUUGGAGAGAAAAGAAAGAAGGGAUACUGGUCUAUAGUUGUUGACAUCUUAGGGAUUGAGUGUAGGUUUUUUGAGGAGGGGUGCAACUCUCGCUCUCUCUAUACCACUUAUACAUGCCACAUAAACAUCAAUUUUGUAGUUGACAGAAUACUUUGUUAAAUGUAUAUUGUGCAAACUGUUUAGUCUGCAUUUUGCCAUUGCAUUUCCACCCUUGUCAGAUAACACCCCCCCCCCCCUGUUGUAUUCAUAUAGUUUCAGAUCAAGAAGGGUGUGAAGAGAAAAGCAGACACCACCACGCCGACAGCCUCUGCUCCGAUCACCAGCUGCGAGUCGUCCCCCAUCGUCGACGGCUCGACGCCCUGUAAGCUGUUCUCCAGGCGGGGCAGCGGUCGGCCCAUCAAACCCCCCAGGAAAGACCUGCCUGACUACCCCCAGCACCACAAGAGCAAGAAUAGUAAGCUCUCUGAUCAGCUCCGCUUCUGUAACUGCAUCCUGAAGGAGAUGUUCACCAAGAGGCACGCGGCCUACGCCUGGCCCUUCUACAAGCCGGUGGAUACGGAGACCCUGGGUCUACACGACUACCACGACAUCAUCAUGCAGCCCAUGGACCUGGGAACCAUACGGGUUAGAUGGCCGGGUUACACUAAACUUGUGUUGAACGAGAGAGGCUAGUUAGUAUCUGCCAGGGUUACAUUGGCCAAUCUAUAUCUUGUCCCUUGUUCUCUCUCACUGUUAUGAAGAUUACCGUAUUUGUGAUGAUACUGAAGACGUACGUGUUUUUUCACAGAAAAAAUGUGUUGAACGUGAAUACAUGGAUGCCCAGGAUUUUGCUGCUGAUUUCAGACUCAUGUUCUCCAACUGUUACAAAUACAACCCACCCACCCACGAGGUUGUUAUUAUGGCAAGAAAACUCCAGGUAUGAUUGCCCUUUUUUCAACCAGUCUAGUCCCUAGAAGUUGUCUAAAUGAAUUGCAAUGCAAUAACGAUAGUACAAUAUGCAGGGAUGCAAACUCGUCGCUUUUCGGCGAGAUUUGCCGUUUUGAUCUCAAAAUAGGCCAUCCACGUGAAUCGUGUAGAUCUGAAGGGGGGAUAAAAAGAUUGUGAUGUCAUAUGUGUUCCAUCCAAUGUCACAUGUGACAGCUGUGAUCAGCCAGCUGCAUCCCCUACUAGCCAUUGCUCAAGCCUGCUUCUCUCUGUCCGCUCUUGCUGCGCAUCUCCAGUUUUAAAAUGUAGUUAAGCCGUGAUGGCGAGCUGGGGUGUGCGGACAUGAAUGAAUCCCUGUGGUAUCACGAUACUACUCGGUAUUGCGAUAUCGCUUGGUAUCGCUUCAUUAGUGAAAUGUUGGUAUUAUGACAAAACUACUCUGAAAAUAAGCACAUUUCCUUGCACUUCACACAUAUUUUUCACGUGUUUCAGUGCAAAAAAAAAUCACCAGUUUGCAUCCCUGAAUAUGAAGAUGGGUGGUUGGUGAGAAUGUUUGACUAGAUUAAUUGUGGCCCCUACCCACUAGGAUGUGUUUGAGGAGCGCUGGCUGAAGCUUCCAGACGAGCCAGUGAGGAGGGCUGGUGGGCCAGGUCACCACAGGGACGGGAGAGGAGACGGGCCUGGGAGCUCCUCUAGCACAGGCAGCAGUACCGGCGAGAGCUCGUCGGAAUCGGAGUUCUCCUCAGACUCUCAGGAGGAAGAAGAGGCCAGAGCUCUACGGUUGGCUAAACUAGAGGAACAGGUAUGUCGUCACACCGCUUGUGUCAUCUUACCUGGCCAUGCUGACAUCACUGUUCUGUUACGUACUACCGUGUAUCUAACUGAUGCCCCCUCUCCUCUGCUCUUCUCAGUUGAAAGCGGUGCACGAUCAGCUGCAGAGACUCACCCAGGAGCCCCUGCUCAAACCAAAGAAGAAAGAGAAGUCAAAGGAGAGAAGAAAAAAGAGGGAAACGAGUAGUAGACCAAAGCAUGAAGAAGACCUGCGGAAACCUAAAGUGCAGGAGAAGUGCAUUAACAAGGGCACGUCUUCUGUGUAAGUGACCAAGUCUUUGUUGAUGAUAAAUUGCUCUUAUUGUUUUUUUUUAUCUCCCUUCCCAGUGGAACCUCCUUUUUUUACAAACCAAUACAAAGGAUUAUUGACUUUCAUGUUGCCUCUGUUAGUUAAAAAAAACUAACUUUCAUUGUCCUACCAAGAGUUCCUUAUUGUCUUUUUACCCCUCUAAAGGCACGGCAAGAGGAGGAAGAUGGCUCUCCCUGUGGUGCCCUAUGAGUCUGAGGAGGACGAGGUCCCGGCGCUGCCCAUGUUGUACGGUGAGAAGAGGCAGCUGAGCCUGGACAUCAACAAGCUGCCGGGGGACAAGCUGGGCAAGGUGGUGAACAUCAUCCAGGCCAGGGAGGCCUCGCUCAGAGACGCCAACCCUGAGGAGAUAGAGAUCGACUUUGAGACCCUCAAGCCCUCCACACUCAGGGCCCUGGAGAGCUUCGUCAUGACCUGCCUCAGGAAACGGCCCAAGAAACUCAACUGUGAGUAGUUGCAGUGCACACCUUCCUUCCUUCGGUCCUUGUGGGUUGAUUAUUGCACAUGUAUCUCUGUACUGCUGACCAAGGACUUUACUAGGCUCAAAUGUCAUUCUUUACCCUAUUCUUUCUUCCAGUGAAUAAGCUGGUGAAAGCCAAAGGAGAGAUGCAGACUGUGAAGAAGCAGGAUGCAGAGAAACAUCUCCAGAGUAUUACUGAUGAGUCGAGCUCACUGGCCAAUAAGAAGAAGUCAACAAGUAAGUAAACACUGAAGCUGUGGUAGCAAGGACCAGUAUGUCUGUUAUUUAGGGGCCUUGUUGUCCUUAGGAGGGUCGGGGGAAACAGGUUCUUCGGUGUUCUCUCUGCUGUCCAAUAGGGAAUAACUCAAUUGUGCUUGCCUCAGUCUUUCUCUCUGUUGUCCUAUACGUGAUAGUUGUCCCUCUCUGUUUCCCUCCAGAUGAGCCCCCUAUGGCUCCUCCUGUCUCAGACCUGGCCCGGCCAUCCCGUCUCAGUGAGAACAGCAGCUCUUCCUCCUCCGGCUCUGACAGCUCCAGCAGUAGUAGUGAUUCUAGCACUUCUGAUAGCAGUGACUCUGAAUCAGGUUAGCUGUUCUCCUCAGCACUAAGCACUAUCCCCCACCCCCUACCUACCCACCUCGCUUUCCUGCAAGGGCACUCCCUCCACACUUCCCCCCACUCUCUGUACACUAAUGGAGUGAGAGAAAAUGAUACGGCUAAAAACCCACCUGGACUCUAGCCUCUGUAGCACAGUAUAACUUUUUCACCUGCUGGCAAAACCAAAAUACUUGAAGAAAUAUUAAAGUGUUAUCGUUUCAUAUUUUUGAAUGUUCGUUCAUUGGGUGUUUUUAUAUUUAUUUAUUUGUGCACUUAGUCUAUACUACAGAGAGCAGUGAACUGUCACAAACAUCUAUCUUUAGAUUAUUACAGUGCUGUAUUUAUUUGUUUGUUAAUGUUAUUUUUAUAAUGCAAACAAAUGGUGCUUAGUUUGAAAUGAGGCCAGCCAGCCUUCUGUGCAAAAUGUCAUUUAUCCAGCGGGCACCAGACUGCUGCUGUCCAAAUCUGAAGUACAUUUUAAGAAUGGGGACAAGUUCUUAAACAGCCCAUAUAGGCCUGGUGCUAUUUAUGAGCCAAAUAUCUUAUUUACACUUCUACCGGUAUACAUCUUCUAUAAACAUAGUAAAAAUCUGAUGGAUAGGGUUACUCUUCAACCCCCUCUCAUCUCACCCUCCAUACGCUGAGCCAUUGCAGGGUCAAAGCUGGUCCUCACUUAAGACUGCAGCACUCAUCACUGUUCACCAAUUGAUUGUACUCAGAUUUUUGUUACUUUUUGUUUUGGGUUUUUGCAAGAUUUUGUAUGGAGCAAUAUAAGCAUAAUACACGUACAUCAGAUUGUAUUUGAAGUACUCGACAGAUUGUAUUUGAAGUACUCUACAGAUUGUAACGUUAAUGCAGAGCUUGAGGGAGUAGGAUUUCUGCUACACUGCUGCAUUUUGUAGGUAGUGCAAAUGUUUUUUGUUCCAUUUGUACCUAACAUGGGUAGAAUUUUAAACGUGUCUGUCUUGGUGGUCAACGCCUAGAGUUUCAAAUAAAUACAUUUUGAUAGACUAUUUUACAUUUUACCGUUAAGUGGUGUUUUUCUUUUAAUUUGUAUCACAUCUUCAAACAGUUAAAUCCUACUAGACACAUUAACUUGCAACCACAAGUUUAGCUUUUACUGAAAACUGGGGAUGAAAUAGUAGUGAUUCCAGGGUAGAUCAGUGGAAUUGUUUUCGUAUUAUUUAAAGGUAAGUAAAGAUGUGUAUAUUUUUAUUUUCCAUUUAUCCAACUGUGGAUAAAUUGAAUUACUAUUGCGCAUGUCUUUCAGUAAAGAAAUCUAAGAAGAAAAAGAAAUGCAAAGACACUCCACACAAGUUCAAGACAAAGGUAAAUAUCUAACACAGCCCCUGGUUUCUCUAACCCAGUGGUCUAGUUCACAUGGGUUAUACCUUAUAUUUGGAUGAACAUGCUUGGAACUACAGUGUGUUUUCAUUAUAAAUUGUAAGUAAUUUCUUUCCCGUCAAACAGAAGUCAAAAAAGAAGAAAUCUGCUAAGAAAGACCUAUUGUCUGAGUCCUCUCUCCAGACCAGCCAGCCCCCGCCUGCCUCUGCCUCUCUAGCCCCAGCAGUAGUCACUAAAGGCCAGCCUCUAGAGCUACUCGUGUCACCCCCAGGUAGCAAACGCUUGUUGCCUUCACAUUCUGUGUCUGUGUGUUAGUGCGUUGGCUAUAAAGGAACUCAAUGGACAACCAUGCCAAGUUCUGUAACACUGUCUUUCAUUACAUUUUUAAAGGUUGUUGACAAGUCCUUAGUGUCAGCCCUUGCUAUGGAUAUACGAUUUCCCCUGUAAAACAGCAGGUUUUAAACCCAUGGAAGGUCUAAGGCUGGACCGAGGCCCCUGUGGAAAUCACAUAAGGAGAAGAUUGUAUUGUUUGGAUUAGAUGAAAAAGCUGGAUUGCCUGGUCAUUUCUCUGGGCCGUGUUGCUCUCAGUCUCAUGGGAUGUGACAUUUAGUUGAGUUUAACCAGAAGCCUACACCCUUUACUCACUUUCUCUUGAAUUUCCCCUUCUCCUUCCCUCCACUCUCAGCCUUACACAGCCGCCUGCCUCCGCAGCCUUCAAGACCAAGUGCUAAAGCAGCACCACUACCUCGCAAAAACAAGUUGGCCCCCCUGCAGCUCACUGACAGUCAGCCCCAACAACAGCAGGACCCCCUGGCCCCGUCUGAGAGCCCCACUACUCCCUCUCUCACUCCCCCUUCCUCCUGUGACCCCACUCUUACUCUGUCCACAGACCCACUAAACACAACACCUACCCUCACACACAAACCUCCCUCCAGCCUGCUCUGUUCCCCCCAAACCCCUCCCUAUCCCCUAGCUCUCCUCCCUUCUCCUCGUUGUCAAUCACUAGCCCAGACACAGGAGGGGAAAACUGGGCCAGUCUCUCUUGAGCCACCUGAUAGGGCACAAUGGGAAGGUAAGGGCUCUUCAGUCAGCUUAGCAGCCCCCCUAGCUUUUAGCAUGUCCCCUCCCCUGUGUGCUGCCUGUGCUGCUAAGGUCUGUGUGUCGCCUGUAGAUGGUGUGUUUUUAGCUUGCUGUGGAGUUCAUACCAUUCCACCAUCGCUGUUUGUUUUUACAUUGCCGUGCAGUGUUCUAGAUGCCAUGUCACCAUCUCUGUAACCCUGGCUGCAUGUCUCAUCUCGCUCCUCAUCAACUGCCUGCCUGCCGGCUUACAUCCACAGUGUUGGUGUCUGUCUGUGUGGAGAAUAACGCCCUGCUUUGUUUUUCUCCUGUCCAUCUGCGCUGCUGUCCCCUCUGACCUCUCCUGCAGUUUUACUACAGGCUGCAGAUAGCAGAUAUGAGGUAUGCUCUCCUCUUCCUGUUGUUGAUGGAUGAAUUGUGACGCUAGAUUAAAACACAUUUAUUAAUAUCGCAAGAGUGUUGAUUGGUAUAUUUUCUUUGAAGGACAUUUUUAUUAGAAUCGAUACAAGUCUACAGAGUGUUUUCUGUUGCAAUUGAAAUUUUUCAUUGGCCAAAUAUUUCAGGGGUGGAGACAGCCGGUUGAUUGUGUGAAAAAGCAUUGGCCUUAGCCCUGGGAGAGGGCGGUAAUGGAGGUUUAAUACUCUAAAUCUCACUUUGCGGUAGCAGCAGCCGUGCCCAGUGCUGUUGUCCCCUCUACAAGACAGCCCAUUACAGCCUGUGAAGGAUGACAUGAGGCCCUCUGAAGCACUGGGGGAGACCCACUCCAGGAUUCUACAGAAACAGCCUUGUAAGCAGAACUGUGUGUGGGUGUAGGAAUGUUUUUGUGUAUGGAAUUUUGUUCAUUUGUAAUUGAUUUGCAGACAUCUUUUUAAUGGACUGAAUAUAUUUUCUCUACCUCCCCAGAUCCCAGACACUCUGACGGUGUGUUUGAUGGUGGCAACACCAGCCUCUCUCAUCCAGCUAAUAAACCCACUGCAGAUGGAAAAAACACAACUGCCAAAAAGGUAAGCUAAUGUAACUGAAACAUAACACUAGCAUCAUGAAUUACUUGAAAUGUACUGUAUGCAUGCCCAUCGGAAGCGUUUGUCCGAAAAAUGUGACACGUCAUUUGUGAAACUAUCCUGUGUAGGAUAUUGUCCUGAAGAACGCAGACUCCUGGGCUAGUUUGGGGAAGAUGGCCAUUUCCACUCCCUCCACGGUGAAGUCUUCAAAGGAGAGCUUUGAUAAGUUCCGCCGGGCAGCCAUUGAGAAGGAGGAGAGAGAGAGAGCUCUCAUUCUGAAGAGGACUCAGAUGAAGGCUUCGGGGAAGAGCAGGUACUUAUUCAUUCAUCCAUCCACUCAUAUUUUCUUAAUCUAUUCUUUAGUCUUUUCUUAUCAGUUUUGUAUCUUGUAGGUAAUGCUGCUUCACCCAAACUCCUCCAAUAAUGAAGUAGAUGUCUCUUAAUACGUGAGUGGUACUUGAUGAGCCAGGUAAAAGUGUUGUUUUCUUUUCAGCCUGACCAUGCCAGUAUUGUUGCCAGUGGCAGUACCCGUGCCACCUAGAGCUGCAGAAUCGGAGCCCCUGCCAUGUAGAACACCAGAGCCAGCAGAGAUCCCCCUGCCGACAGAGGCCAUCGUGGAGCCUCAGACUCCUAAAGAUCUAGAGCCCCUGAAAGAGGAGCCUCCAGCGGCUGCCUCAACCACACCUCCGCCCCUCACUACCCAGACAUCUGUAGACGGGGAGAGGGAGAUGGCCCGCAGGAGAGAACAGGAGCGACGCAGACGAGAGGCUGUACGUCCCUUUCCUUCCAUUUUUGCCUUCAUUUGUUUUAUUGUGCCAGUCAUUCUUCUGUUCCUUGUUGUAGUUUUAUCCAGGCUGUAAUAAAACGUCUUCCCUUUUCUCCCUCAGAUGUCUGGUGUCAUUGACAUGACAAUGCAGAGUGACAUCAUGGCAACAUUUGAGAAGAACCUGGACUAA